AUGGCCGAAGCCCUCGGCACCGCCCUAGCCGUAGUCGGCGUUUUAGGUCAGCUCUUCGACGGCUGCGUAAAAGCCUACGGACACUUCACAACGGCGACGCAAUUCGACGCCGACUCGCAAAAGGUGUCGUGCAAGAUCAAGAUCGAGGAGACAAGGCUCGUGGUAUGGGGGCGGGAAUGGGGCGUUGCGGAGGGGAAGCUAGAGGCGCAUCUCAGCCAGGCGGAGAAGCAGGGUGGUGGCAUGGUCGCCGGGGGAAUGAGGACGCUGGCGUUGCAGAUUCUGACGGAGUUGCAUCGGACGAUUACGGACGUGGGGAGAUUGAGGCAGCGGUAUGGACUUGUUGAGGGGGCUGAUCAUGAGCAAGCAGUGGUUGGGGCAAAGGGUGGAAAGGGGAACGAUGGGAGGGGCUUAGCGAAAAAAGAGGCCCUGGCAUGGAAGCCGGGUGAGAAUGGGACAGGAGGGAAUGACAGGAGUUGGACGCACACACUGGCCGUAAGAGCGAAAUGGGUGGUUGCCGACAAGGACAAAUUCGACGCCCUUUUAAAAGACUUAAAAGAUUACAACGACGGCCUAGAACAACUCUUCCCCGCCUCCCGCCUCCCUGGCCUCCAACGAGCCUGGGUGUACGAACUCCUGCAAGCCGCCCACCGGGACGUGGAACAACUCAAUCUCCUAGAGCAUGCCUCCAACGAAGUGUACCCCAGGCUCAACGCCUCCGCCAACCUGAAGCAGUUGCGGAUCAAUCUCGACAACAAACCCCAGGCGUUAUUCAAACCCACGUUCGCCUUUCGGGUCCCGAAGUCCAUGUUGAAGGUUUCCGGUAAAAAUGACCCCAAAAGGAACAAGGGGUACCAUGAGAAGUCGGGGACGGUGCUCAUAGAGUGGGUCGAGUACGACAAGUUGAACCUCGACGAGAAAUUCGUGCAUAUGCGCCGGCUGGACGAUCUAGCCCGGAUGAUGCACUCGGCCACGGACCGACACCCGGAUUUACACACUAUAGACUGCCUGGGGUAUACGGACGAUGCAGAGAGUAGCAGAUAUGGUCUCAUAUACAAGGCGCCCAAAGCAUCGUACUCGACCUUGCAUACGCUCAUUUCUAGUGGCGAACUCAAGACGCCCGAUCUCAAUGAGCGGAUCAAACUGGCACAAACCCUGGCAGUGGCUUUGUGGUCGCUGCAUUCGCUAGAUUGGCUCCACAAGUCCCUGUGCUCGAACAAUAUCCUCUUCUUCCCGCCUGCGGUAUCGACCUCCGCCACGCACGCCACCGCAGCUGCGGCGCUGGUACCUGACAUCUCGGCGCCGUACCUAGUGGGCUUCGACGCAUCGCGGCCCGAGUUGGAUACGGAGAUGUCGGUCGCCUCCAAGAAUCCAUCCAUUCUCGACCUGCACCGUCAUCCCAAAUCCCUGAGUGGGCUUUCGCGAAGGCCGUAUUGCAAAAGCUACGACAUCUACAGCCUGGGAUUAGUGUUGUUGGAAAUUGGGCUGUGGAAGGUUCUGCAGACCUAUUAUAAGCCGCACUACUCAGCGGAGCGUUGGCGGGACAAGGUCGUUUUGCCGGUGCUGGUACCUGGGCUUGGUAGUAAGACAGGUCGCUUUUACCGUGGGGUGGUGGAGCGCUGCUUGAAUGUGGGAGAUGAUAUAUCGAACGAAGAGGCGGACCAAGUGAUGGAGUCGGUCGUUGGCAUUUUAGAAAGCAUAAACGUAUAA